AUGGUUGUCGGAAGACUUUUUUCAUCGACUAAUUCCUUUGAUUUUUCCUUUGUGCACUGCCGCAACCCCUUUCCCGGCGGUGCCUUGGGCCCAGCUCUGCCCGACCUGGGCAUUGACGUGACUGUGCGCACGGCCCAACCCCCGACCACCUCGCAAGCCUGCAUCAAGGUGGGCGCUGCCCUUCGCCGAGCCGAAAAGGAUAAGCGCGACUACUACACCGGUUUCAACCAUGGAAAAACUCUGAUCGUCCCUGCGGCGAUGACGACAACCGGUGGGUUCGCCUCCUCCUUUGUGGAUCUGCUUGGUCAGCUCGCCCGCUGCGCCGAGGCCCGUGGUGUGUACCAGCCGGGGCUGGAUGAGGCCUUUGUUCCUCGGUGGAAGGGUCGCUUUGCGGCGCUGGUCCAUCAGAUGAACGCUGACCACAUCCAGCGGCACUUUGGCGGUGUCUGCCUACGCUCGUCGUAG